AUGGAGGAACACCAAGAGGAAUACGAUGACCAGAAAAUGGAGGAGUUGAAGGAAAAGUAUCCGAACUACGAAGAAAUGGAUAUAGAAACUUUAGAUAGCGAAUUACCGUACCUUGACAAGGAUCUUAGGGAAAGCGAGACUACUGAGGAGACCCAGGAUAUUAACGAGGAAAUUAAUUACAUACAGGAACUGAGGAGGAGGAAAAUGUUAAGUGGGGACCUUACGAGAGAGCAAUUAGCUGAGAAAUUCCCUGACCUAUCUAAUCUAUCAUACGAUGAUCUAAUGGAUAGGGGAGACAGACUGUUAAAUGAAUUAAUACUAUCCGGUUUGGACGAAGAAGAUUUCAGGGAAAAGUCGGAAGAACUGAGAUACGUCAGAAUGCUAUCAAACGAUUACCAAAGAGAGUCAAACUUAAAUAAACUUCUCAACUUAAGACUAGAAAAUAUGUGGAAAGUAGGUGACACAACAGGAAAACUCGUAUACAAGUAUGAAUACCACAGAAAGAGAACUACAGCCUGGCUUCAGGAGGAGCCACAUGACAUCUAUAAGGACCAGGACCCUAAAGUUACUUAA